AUGCGUGGCGACACGUGUGACGUGAAAAUACAAGCACCAUCACAUGAAAAGCAAAAAAUAUGUUUGACCCAAGAGGUUAAGUAUACUGUCGAUCUAUGCGAGUGUGUGGUGACGUCGUCGCUGUACGCCGCGACAAACGCGAAAGCGCGAUAUUCCCAACCCGAUUUAGGACAUAGGCACUAG